GGCGGAAACACAACGACGCAGUCACGCACCGGCUCUUUCCUCCACCCCUCGUAGGGCUAGCUAGGGUUUCUCCGCCCAAAUCGUGUAAUAAUAACCCACUUGAAGAUUCGCGCGAACGCUGCGGCGAUGGCCACCACCGUCCAGCCCCACUCCCCGGACCCAACAGCCAUCACCACCACCCCUGCCCCACCCCCUCCCCCUUCUCCACCUCGCCAGGAGAACCCGACCGCCGCGGGGGAAGGCGUAGAGAUCGCGGCGCUCGAUGAGCAGCCUGCCGCCGUCGCCGUCGCCGACAAGGGGAAGACGGCCCCCGGCGGCGGGAAGCUGGUGGCGGAGGCCAUGCGCAAGUGCGCGGCGCCCCGGUCGUCGCGCUACCACGGCGUGACGAGGCUCAAGUGGAGCGGCAAGUACGAGGCACACCUCUGGGACAACACCAGCCAGGUUGAGGGGCGCAAGCGCAAGGGCAAGCAUGUGUACUUGGGAAGCUAUGUUACUGAAGAGAAUGCUGCAAGGGCACAUGACCUUGCAGCCCUGAAAUAUUGGGGCAUAACUCAACCCACCAAACUAAACUUCAAUAUUUCUGAUUAUGCAAAAGAAAUUGAGAUCAUGAAGAGCAUGAAUCAAGAUGAAUUUGUGGCCUACAUAAGGAGGCAGAGUAGUUGUUUCUCAAGAGGAACAUCGUCAUACAGGGGUGUAACAAGACGAAAGGAUGGUAAAUGGCAAGCACGUAUUGGUAGGAUUGGUGAGAGUAGAGACACUAAAGACAUCUAUCUUGGGACCUUUGAAACUGAAGUGGAGGCAGCUGAAGCGUAUGACCUAGCAGCAAUUCAGCUCCGUGGUGUUCAUGCUGUGACCAACUUUGAUAUCAGCAACUACUCCGAAGAAGGUUUGAAGAAACUAGAAGGCUCAUCCGAGGUAGUGAACCUGGAGGACCAAUCAGAAGUCACUAAGUUAGCUGUGACCAACUUGGAUAUUAGCCAACACUGCGAAGAUGGUUUGAAGAAACUAGAUGGCGCAUCCCAGAUAGUGAACCUGGAGGACCAAUCAGAAGUCACCAAGUUAUCUGUGACCAACUUUGAUAUUAGCAACUGCUGUGAAGAUGGUUUGAAGAAACUAGAUGGCGCAUCCCAGAUAGUGAACCUGGAGGACCAAUCAGAAGUCACCAAGUUAUCUGUGACUAACUUUGAUAUUAGCAACUGCUGUGAAGAUGGUUUGAAGAAACUAGAAGGCUCAUCCGAGGUAGCGAACCUGGAGGACCAAUCAGAAGUCACAAAGUUAGCUGGACAAUAGAUAUUAGAAUAGCAACAUGUAAAUUAUUUAUUUCUUCCUUUUUAUCUUUUCUCUGAUCGUCAGUCUCUCCACCUUUCUCUUUUCUUGAUUGAUGAUGAGAGUGUCUUUUCUUCGUCCACCUUUCCUGAAACUUUUUUUUCCCCAAGGAAUUUCCCUUCGCUGGUUGCCAACUCUAUUAUUUACCAGCUCCAGAGUAGGAUCGUGUGAUGCUGUACUCUGUAUUCUCAUGUACACUGAUUACAAACCAUUGAUAGUAUUUGUAGACAUUACAACACAAAGGAAGUUCAUUCUUCUAUUUUUGUAUAUUUGUUUUUA